CGUGAAUCCGUCCCUGACAGAUAAAUUGGGAAAAAUACGCACCGCACCGCACAAUUGGUGGGCGAGAAAGAAUCGGGCGGAUGAGCGAGAAUGAAGAUAAAGUUGACUAGAAGCCAGAAGCAAGGGCAAGAGAGAGUAAGAGAGAACCCGGAACUGGAAGGCAGAAGGCAGAAGGCAUGGCUUCCACAGCAACCAAGGCGAAGACGAGCCUGUUCCUUAUCCUUUCAUUGCUUAGUAGUUUGAGGGUGAGCGUGUGCCAUUCAGAGGACCCCGUUCCGGUCCCAUGGCCUCUCCAAUUUCACUCCGUUCUCUUGAUGAAUUACAGCGGGAUCCUCCAGAUAAUCGACCUCUGGUACGACUGGCCCAAUGGCCGCAACUUCAACAUCAUCCAGCACCAGCUCGGCAAUGUUGUCUACGACCUUGAGUGGAACAACGGGACUUCCUUUGUCUACACUUUGGACUCCUCCAAGACUUGCUCUACCUCUCAGUUGGAGGUGGGUAUUCUUCGCCCCAACUGGCUCGACGGGGCCAAUUAUCUGGGUCACCGCCAUGUCGAUGGAUUCCUCUGCAAUGUCUGGGAGAAGGUCGACUUCAUCUGGUAUUACGAGGACGUCGACACCAAAAGGCCAGUUCACUGGCUCUUCUACACUGGAAGGCAGGCUCAUGUCAUGACGUUUGAAGUCGGAGCUGUGCUGGAAGAUGAGAAAUGGCAAGCCCCCGUCUACUGCUUUGACGGCAAGGGAGCUCAUCUCCAUAACGGGGUUCCCAACCACAAGAAUUUACCUGUCAUAGACGGAGCUCUAAGGGCCCCCCUUCUCCCUGCAAUCUAAAACUUCCUUCUUUGUUGCUCAUUGCGUGAACUUGUUGGGAAAUUAAAUAAAUUACACUCCAAGUUUUUAUCUUCA